AUGUCUCUGCCUACUCUUCCUUCCGGAUGGGCUUCUGCCAACUCCGAGGGCUUUGUUGCCCACUCCGCCUUCACCUCUCCUGUCAAGCGACAGAUUGAGCCCGUUGGACCCGGGUUCCUGGCCCAUGCGCGACGAACUCUGCGAGGCCGAACUUGGUCUGAGGACGAGAAGGAGGAGGCCGCCAAGAACGUCAAGCAGGUCGAGGGCGAGGAUGAGGACGCCGAUCUCGGCGACGAGCCUGAAGACAUUGAGGAUCUCGAGCGAGAGGCCAAGGACUGGAAGUCUCAGGACCAUUACCGAGUUCUGGGUAUCUCUCACCUUCGACACCGAGCUACCGAGGACCAGAUCCGACGGGCCCACCGAAAGCGAGUGCUCAAGCAUCACCCCGAUAAGAAGGCCGCCUCCGGCUCCAAGCUCGACGAGGACGACUUCUUCAAGUGUAUCCAGAAGGCGUUUGAGGUUCUGAUGGACUCCAACCGACGACGACAGUACGACUCCGUCGACGAGGCUGCCAAUGUGGAGCAGCCCACCAAGAAGGAGACCACCGCCGAGAACUUCAUCGAGCUGUGGGGUCCCUUCUUCGACUCCGAGAUCCGAUUCUCCAAGACCCAGCCCUGUCCUUCUCUUGGUACCAUGGAGUCUUCCAAGGCCGAGGUGGAGGGCUUCUACGCCGCCAUGUACUCCUUCGACUCGUGGAGAACCUUUGAGUACCUCGACGAGGAUGUUCCCGAUGACUCUUCCAACCGAGACCACAAGCGAUACAUUGAGAAGAAGAACAAGGCCCAGCGACAGAAGCACAAGACCGAGGACACUGCCCGAUUCCGAGAGGCCGUUGACCUUGCUCUGUCCCUCGAUCCCCGAAUCAAGAUGUUCAAGGAGGCCGACAAGAAGGCCAAGGAGGCCAAGAAGUGGGAGAAGGAGGCCGGUGCCCGAGAGGCCGCUGCUAAGGCCGCAAAGGAGGCCGAGGAGGCUGCUGCCAAGGCCAAGAAGGAGGCUGAGGAGGCUGCCGCCAACAAGGAGAACGCCAAGAAGUCCAAGGAGGCUGCCAAGUCCGCCAAGAAGAAGAACAAGCGAGCUGUGCGAAAUGCCGCCAAGGACAACGGCUACUUCGGCGACGAGGCCAAGUCUGCCGAUAUUGACAUCGAUCUCGAUGCUCUGCUCAACCGAAUUGACGACCUUGCUCUCGGUGAUCUUGCUGCUGCUCUUGACGGUGCUGAUGCCGCCAAGGCCAAGGCUACCAUCACUGAGGCCGCCGCUAAGGCCGGAGGUGACUAUGCCUACUUCUCUUAG